CCCGCCUCCCAUCCUCGUCCUCCUCCUCGGCCUCGUCCUCCUCCUUGCCUUUCUUCUCCCCGGAGUUGGACUGGGCUUCGAAAUCUCAGAGCUUUCUCCGAACUCUCUCCCCCUCUUUCUCCCUCUCUCUCCCCUGCGAAUUGAGCCGCGCCGCCGCCCGGCCGUUUCGUCAUCAUCGUCGUCGCAAUCGACGGCUGCGGUUCGCGGGUGGUUGGGUGGGUUGGUGGGGUCGGGACUUGAAUUGGGUUCUGAUCGAGCUGGGAAAUUGAAGAUGGUAGUGUGCCUUUUGACCAAGUGAAGUCUUUAACAAUCCUAAUCUAAAGUGACAUAUGGCUAUUGAAGAAAGUGCACCAAAUGAAACUGGUCCUGAAGGGGUGAAGCCUGAAAACAGCCCUCAAAAUGGAGGUGAUACACCUCAGCCUGAUCAAAAAUCAAAUUCAAAAGAAUCCCCUGGAUGUGGUGUGGGGCUUCAAGGGGUACAGUCAAAGGAACCUUUAGCAUCAGAGCUGACCCCUGAAAGUGUUAAGCAUGGGUCACAAUCUGGUCAAGAAGGCAGCACUCCCUCUAUCAGUUAUGAAAAGAGUUCAGAGGAUGGAUAUAAUUGGCGAAAAUAUGGCCAGAAAAAUGUUAAAGGAAAUGAAUUUGUGCGUAGCUAUUACAGAUGCACGCAUCCAAACUGCCCUGUGAAGAAACAAGUGGAGCGCUCGCGUAGUGGCCGGAUUACCGAUAACAUCUACUUAGGCGAGCAUAAUCAUGCUAGCCCACAGAAGCACCUACCAGUGGCUGUCAGCUUUGCCGUGUCUAUAGUUGAGGAGAAACCAGAGAAGCCUUCCCCAAUAAGCACGCAAGACAAAUCAUCAGAAGUGAAGAGGGAGGCAUCCCAUCAGGUCGACGACAAAAAACCUCCUCAGCUUUCGGUUCCCACUCCUGCUGAUGUGAAACCUGUGGUACCAGCAAUAGUCAAGGUACAGGAUGAAAUAGCUACUGAUGAGGAUUCUCCUGGUUCAAAAAGAAGGAAAAAGGACAGUUGCAACCCAGAUAUCCCUUCAGGGGAUAAGCCUACCACUGAAGCACGCGUCAUUGUUCACACUGUCAGUGAGGUUGAUAUUGUCAAUGAUGGGUACCGUUGGCGCAAAUAUGGCCAGAAAAUGGUGAAAGGCAACCCUAAUCCAAGGAGUUACUACAGAUGUUCAAGCGCCGGAUGUCCAGCUAAAAAGCAUGUGGAGAGGGCGUCUCAUGAUACAAAGUUGGUCAUGACCACUUAUGAGGGUCAGCAUGACCAUUGUCCCCCUUCAAGGACAAUCAUGCCUAAUCCUGGGGGAUUCAAUGGUCAUGCAACCACCCAAAGUGGAGAUGUGAACAUCAAAUCUCCGGAUGGCGAGACCGUGUCUCACAGUGUUGGGGAGAAUGCUAGUUCAGCUUCUGGGAGUAAGUCAACCGACCAAUCCAAUGGCAAGGCCGAAGAAACAUCGGGAACUGGUGAUGAAGUUGGGGAUAGAACGGUAUUAAAUAAUGAUUUGGGUCCUGAGGAUCGAAUUAGCGACCAAAAGAAGACCUGUCGAGUACUAAAUCAGGGGACCGUGAUCCUGUUCAUCUCGACUCUGUCGUGAAUGUGAUGGAGAAUUCACACCCACCGCAACAGCCCAUCUAAUGCAGCAGCUGUUCAAAGCUAAACCAGUGUCCCAAUCUGUAAUGUUCAACCCGCGCACAAAACGUUCGCCGAGGCUGUACUAUUUUUCUUAUGUUAAUGUAUGAGUGAUCAGGUGUGGCAUAGGUCAUUGGAAGUUGCCUAAAUUUGGUAACAGAUGUUUAGAUUUAACUCUGCACUGAUGAUUACAUAUUAGUCAAUAUAUUAUCAGUUGAUAACAGAUCCAAGGAGAAUCAAAUGUGAGAGCAAUCUAUUUAUUCUUA